CCCCUCUGCUUUCCUCGAUUCCACAAGUGCAGAGCAGUUAGAGCUGCACAGAAACAGACAGAGCUUACUGCAAUAUACAACAGAGCAUCCCCAUCAUCAUCAUCGCAACACCUUCCAGGUGAGGACUGCACAAACACCUUCUCCAGCACUGAGGAUGGACCUAGUUUGAUGGGCUGAGACCUCCUGACUUCUCCUGCGCAUGGUUUUUCUUACUUGUUACUUUGGAUCUUCCAUAUCAAGUUAAACUAAGGCAGCUUCUUAUCAUGAAAGGAAUUAGGGCACUAUUAUAUUACUUCCUAGUGGAUCUCUUUACUUUGCUGUGUGGCACCCAGGGGAAGAGUGGACUUCAAUUUGGGAGCACCGAAGUGGUAUCAGAUGUCAACCUGUCUAACCAUGGAGAUCUAGAGUCUUCAGAGCCUCCUCAGACUGCUGAGGGUUGCAGGGGGUAUUUUGACGUCAUGGGGCAAUGGGACCCUCCAUUUAACUGCAGUUCGGGGGAAUUUUUGUAUUGUUGUGGUACUUGUGGCUUCAGAUAUUGCUGUAAGUUCAAACAAGCUAAACUGGAUCAAAGUGUUUGCACAAACUAUGAUAGACCUAUCUGGCUUCAACCAGGAAAGACACCCCCAAAGAUUGAUGACCCCCUGCAUGACCCCACUAGGGAUAAAACAAAUUUGAUUGUCUACAUCAUAUGUGGAGUAGUAGCUGUAAUGGUCCUCGUAGGGAUAUUCACUAAACUUGGACUGGAAAAAGCUCACAGACCUCAGAGGGAAAACAUGUCAAGGGCCCUUGCUGAUGCGAUGAGACAACAGGGCCACUGCUCGACAGACCACAUGGAGAGAGAUGCCAACCUCAUUGUUCAUAUGCAGCACUAUGAAACCAUGCAGUCCCGAUCAUCCUCAAAUAACUUACAUACUUCAAAAAUGAAUAAUGUUGUUCCAACAUCCCCACACCUUCCACAGAUGGCACAUCCACAUUCCUUUCCAACCAUGGGACAGAUUUCAAAUCCAUAUGAGCAGCAGCCUCCUGGAAAGGAGCUUAACAAAUAUGCUUCUCUUAAAGCAGUUGCUGAAAAGGGAAAUGAAGACUUCUAUUCAAAACGGAGGCACCUUGCAGAGCUAGCAGCAAAGGGAAGCCUUCCUUUACAUCCAGUCCGUGUGGAACAAGAAAGAUCUUACAGUCCUGAAGGUGGCACUCAUGGUGGCACAAUGAGUGGUACUCUUGGUGGUUCACUGGGUGGCACUCUUGGUGGCACAUUAGGAGGCACACUUGGUGGCUCAAUGGGUGGCACACUUAGUGGGUCAAUGGGUGGAACCCUCGGUGGUGGUACACUAGGCGGCACCCUCAGUGGUGGUACUUUGGGUGGCACACUUGGUGGCACAUUAAAAUUAAAUGGACAGAAAUCCAAAGUCACCAAAUUACAUAAUCAUCCAUUGUCCUCAUCGUAUAAUCCUGAUUACAAAACCUGGGACCACACCGAGCAUUCCCUGCGGAGGCAGGCCUAUGCAGCAAAGAAGCAUUGCCCAGUAGAAUCAGUAAAUGAACAUAUACCAUCGCAAAAUCAGCACUAUGGUCCUUCACAGCCAUACUUUGUAACAAACAGCAAAACAGAAGUAACUGUCUGAAAUAUACAAAGUUGAUCCUACUGGAAUCAAAUAUUAUUUAAGGGUAGAAAUGGAUGUCCUCGUAUGCUGAAGAUCGUGACGAACAGAUUGGGUUUUUUGUGUCCAGCAAUACAGUAGAGGAAAGCAAUUAGGGACUCCAUUUUUUACUUCACAAUGAAGGUUAAAGAAAAAAAAAACUUUUGCCUAUGCUUUUCUAAAAAAAUUACAUAAAAACUAGAGAUUUCAAUUUUCUGAUAUGGAGUAGCACAACAGAGCCUUCAUCUCUGCAAAAAUGAACAUGGUUGUUCUGAAUUGCUGAAGAAGACGUGCUGACGUGGUAGUUACGAGGGCCACUAUUUUUGUAAAAAAAAAAAAAGCAACUAAAAAAGGGGAAUUGUUACGAGAAUGAUUCUUUUCAUUAUCAUCUCUUUGCACAUCUGUGAAAAUCCAUCUGAACCAAGGCCUUUCCAUCUAUAAGAAGCAAAAAAAAAUAAAUGGUCAAGAACCUCAAUAAGACUGUUACAUAAAAAAGAGAAUGGAGUCUUUCUUAUUGAUGGAAAGUUCAGAAAUUUUAAAAAUGGACUAUUUAACUAUAAUAAGGUAAGAUAAACUUUCAGCAAAAAAGACAAGACAAUAAGAAUUUUUCCAUUGGAGAAGAAAUCUUGGAAGAUAAAGAAAAUCAACAUGUUCUUCCUUUCCAUAUGUUCCACAUAUAAACAAUUGGGGAAAGUAUUCUGCACUGUCUGUUUUAACUUCUUUAUCAGUCUAUGUUUGCCUAUUUUCACUUGCUUAUGACUGGAAAAAAAUUCUAAGUGGGCGGUGCCUUUAAUGUAUUUCUAUUGUUCAAUGAAAUGUCUUGUUUGAUCCUUUUAUCUUUUUGCUUAAUUCCUUACAUUUUUCUGGAUACUGAUCUUUUCUUUGUAACAUGGUUCAAAAAUGUGUUCUUUUUUAGUUAUUUUGUGCAUAUCUGCUAAUAUAUUCGCAGUGUUUUAGGUUUAUGUUUUGUUUUCUGUUAGGCAAAAUAGCAAAAUAAGUUUGCCUUUAUGCCUUUUAUUUUAAUAUGUUUUUAUCAUUUUGCAUCUGCAAAAAAAAAAAAAAAAAAAAAAGGAAAAAGAAAAAAAAAAGGAAAAAAUAACAAAUAUAGCUUACCUCUUUGGGUCAUUUUGUGAAUGUUUUGCUUCAAAAUGCAUGGGGCUGCCACAUCUGAUAUAUUCAGUGUACAGUUAUCCCUUGAAUAUUCAAUCAUAUAAUAACAAAUCAAAAAUGUAAACCACAGCCAUAAAUUAUAUUCCCUGCAUUACUGAAAAUGAAAAUGUAGCUUAUUAAAAACAUUUGUGCCAUGCUACAAAAUAACACAAAUGCUUUAUCCCAUUAGAUUAACUUGUAUUAUUGGCUUUUUAAAACAUUUGUGCAUUUGGGCAUAAAUGUGCCUUGAAUUCUGUAAACAUUGAGGUUGUCCAUAUACUUUUUUUUUCCCAAUAAAAUAAAUGUAGUCAUGUAAACAACUAAAUAAAUAGAAUUGUAUAAAAAAAAUAUAUCAAAGAGACUUAUGCGGGACUAUGUGAGACUAACUAAGGUUAUUGUCCAAAUGUAUUAAUAAUGCAAACAUAUUAAAUAUCACAACACUUAAGGACCUCUUUUUAAAAUAACUAUGUGCAAACAAUUUCCCAGUCACAUAUUUGCAUUAAAUGGCUUCUGUAAAAAAUCAAACAGUUCAGGAAAACGGUCAUCCUGUUCAGCCGCACUAAACCCAAUACACUGGGUUAUAGUGUGGGUGAACAGGAGAACGAUGAGAGGUCACUGACUGCUAUAUGUACCUGCAAGUGGACAUCUGUCCCUCCAAAGAUCGGCUUCCAUCUUCCUUGAAUUGCUUACUGGAGGUGGGCCCGCCAGCUAGAUUUGAAUAUUCAUUGUGCAGGUCACGUGACCACUGCACCGACUGAGC